GUAUGGAAUCGUAGAAGCAAUGCUCGCGAGAUGUAGAGUUGCUGCGGCCUCCAGAGAGGGGCGGAGGUCCAGAGGUACACCACGUGGGGAUUACUCUCAGAGCUGAGUCUUCGGCCGGCGUCCAGUUUGGCUCUAGGUGAAAGUUGGAACCGUGGAGAUGCGGAAGGAAACCCCGCCCCCCCUAGUACCCCCGGCAGUCCGCGAGUGGAACCUUCCCCCUAAUGCGCCCGCCUGUAUGGAACGGCAGUUGGAAGCUUCGCGGUACCGGUCCGAUGGGGCGCUUCUGCUCGGGGCCUCCAGCCUGAGUGGCCGCUGCUGGGCCGGCUCCCUCUGGCUUUUUAAGGACCCCUGUGCCGCCCCCAACGAAGGCUUCUGCUCCGCUGGAGUCCAGACGGAGGCCGGAGUGGCGGACCUCACUUGGGUAGGGGACAGAGGUAUCCUAGUGGCUUCCGAUUCAGGUGCUGUUGAAUUGUGGGAGCUGGAUGAGAAUGAGACACUUAUUGUCAGCAAAUUCUGCAAGUAUGAGCAUGAUGACAUUGUGUCUACAGUCAGUGUCCUGAGCUCUGGCACACAAGCUGUCAGCGGUAGCAAAGACUUUUGCAUCAAGGUUUGGGACCUUGUUCAGCAGAUGGUACUAAAUUCAUACCGAGGCUGCAAUGCCUCUGGCUACCUUCCUACUUCCCUGGCUUGGCAUCCUCAGCAAAGUGAAGUCUUUGUCUUUGGUGACGAGAAUGGGACUGUCUCCCUUGUGGAUACCAAGAGUACAAGCUGUGCCCUCAGCUCAGCUGUACACUCCCAGUGUGUUACUGGGCUGGUGUUCUCCCCACACAGUAUUCCCUUCCUGGCCUCUCUCAGUGAAGACUGCUCACUUGCUGUGCUGGACUCAAACCUUUCUGAGGUGUUUAGAAGCCGAGCCCACAGAGACUUUGUGAGAGAUGCUACGUGGUCCCCGCUCAAUCACUCUCUCCUUACCACAGUGGGCUGGGACCAUCAGGUCAUUCACCAUAUUGUGCCCACAGAACCCCUCCCACUCUUCUGA